AUGAGCAAGAAGCAGACUACGCUCUCAGCCUUCUUUGGUGGAGGAGGAGCUUCGCUAGCUACCAAAAAGACAUCUAAUGUUGACAAUGAUGCAGCUGGCCGUGACAAGAUAUCAAAGGAGAAUGCAGUCCCAUUAUCUCCUGAUGCUGCGGUAGAAAAGAAGGAUUCAAAACGAAGGCGCCGUGUCGUAGAUGAUUCAGAUACUGAUAUGGACGAGGCGCCUGAUUCUAAACAAACGGAAGCUCUCCCAAACGUUGAUGGUGAAGACGAGGCUCGUCAUCCUGCAAAGAGGAGUUCUCCCGCAUAUAGUAAAGACGAAGCCCGUUCAGCUAAAAAGGCUAAGAAGGAUGUCAAGACACCUAACUCGGCCAUAAAAUCUGCAGACGGAAAGGAAGAUGCCGCAAACGAUUCGGAUACAGAUGGUGAUGAAGAGCUUCCUGCCACAGCGUCCAAUGCUCCCAAUUUAUCGAUGCAACCUUCGUCCUCGGCUGCUGAUCCGGGUUUCAAAGCUGGCGAAAGUGUUGCGUACUCUGCCCUAUGUGAUAUGUUUGAGAAAGUGGAAGCUACCACUAAACGACUCGAGAUUCAAGCCAUCCUCACAAAAUUCUUUGUGAAUGUGAUGCGUCAGUCACCAAAAGACUUGUUGCAGUGUAUCUAUCUUUGUAUCAAUCGAUUAUCACCAGAGUAUGAGGGCAAAGAACUUGGUAUUGGUGAAUCCAUUUUGAUGAAGGCUGUGGGUGAAGCUACUGGUCGUACAGUUGCGAAAAUCAAAGCUGAUGUUGAAACUAUGGGAGAUUUAGGAAAAGUUGCUCAGUCGAGUCGAAGCUCGCAGAAAACCAUGUUUAAACCCAAAGCACUCAAAAUAAGCAAUGUAUUCAAGACCUUGAAGGAGAUUUCUGAGAUUACUGGUGGCAGUUCGCAAGCUCGCAAGAUUCAAAAGAUUGGCUCCUUAAUGGUGGCUUGCAAUGGACCGGAGACCAAGUAUCUCAUUCGUUCCCUGGAAGGCAAACUUCGAAUUGGUCUUGCAGAACAGACCGUUUUGAUAUCUUUGGCUAAUGCUGCUGUACAGUUUGAAUUGGGAGACAAGAAAAUCUCCAAGGAGAAAUUGGAUGCUGCUACUGUUGAAGCUAUUGCCAUCAUCAAACAAGUCUACAGCGAGCUUCCAAAUUACGAUGAAAUCGUUCCCGCAUUGUUAAAGAAUGGAUAUCAGAAUUUACCGAAUGUUUGCAAGCUAACUCCAGGAAUUCCACUCAAACCCAUGUUGGCACAUCCAACAAAGGCCCUAUCCGAAGUCCUAGAUAGAUUCGAGAAUAUGACCUUCACUUGUGAAUACAAAUAUGAUGGUGAACGAGCUCAAAUCCAUCAAUUGGGUAACGGAUCCAGACGCAUAUUCUCACGAAACUCUGAGAACUUGUCUGGCAAGUACCCCGAUAUAAUGGAUCGUCUACCAAACAUUGGUAAACUAGGAGAAGAAUGUACUUCGUUUGUAUUGGAUGCCGAAGCUGUAGCUUGGGAUCGUGAAAAGAAGUGUAUCUUGCCCUUCCAAGUAUUAAGUACUCGUAAACGCAAGGAUGUCACUACUGAAGGUGUACAAGUACAAGUUUGUGUGUUUGCGUUUGACUUGUUGUAUUUGAAUGGUCAGCCAUUGAUCAAAGAACCACUCAUCAAACGACGAGAGUUGCUGCAUAAGCACUUUCAAGAAAUUGAAGGCGAAUUCCACUUUGCCAAGUCUAUGGACACUGGUGAUGUUGCUGAGAUUCAGACUUUCCUUGAUGAGAGUGUUGUUGGAAACUGUGAGGGCCUCAUGGUCAAGACUUUGGAAAAGGAGGCUUCAUAUGAGCCUAGCAAACGGUCAAGGAAUUGGCUCAAGGUGAAGAAAGAUUACUUGUCUGGAGUUGGCGAUACUCUAGAUCUCGUCGUUAUUGGUGGAUAUAUUGGCAAGGGAAAGCGAACAGGUGGUUAUGGAGGAUACCUCUUGGCAUGCUAUGAUGAAGAUAAUGAAGUGUAUCAGAGCAUCUGCAAGAUUGGAACUGGAUUCUCGGACGAGGAUUUGGCUAAACAUACAGAAUUCUUCAACAAGCACAAGAUGGAUCAUCCCAAGGCUUACUUCUCAUAUUGUGAUGCUCCAAAGGAGAUGCCCGAUGUUUGGUUUGAACCUGUGCAGGUCUGGGAAGUCAAAGCUGCCGACUUGUCGAUCUCUCCAGUUCACAAGGCUGGUACUGGUUUGGUUGAUCCCAACAAGGGUAUCAGUUUACGAUUCCCUCGAUUUAUUCGUAUUCGUGAUGACAAGAAUCCAGAACAAGCUACUUCUGCUGCUCAGGUUGCUGACAUGUACAAGGCUCAAAACAUCAACACUGGCAACAGCAAGAGUAAAGACGACGAGGAUGAUUUUGAGUAUUGA